GUCACUAAUCCGGCGUCCCCUCGGGCGGCGUCCCUUGGGAGUGGCGCGGCGGCCGCAGACGGGGCCGGAAGCAUGGAGGAGAUCCCGGUGCUGGGCCUGGGCACCUGGCAGGCGGCCCCGGGGGAGGUGGCGGAGGCGGUGAAGGCGGCGAUAGACGCGGGCUACCGGCACCUCGACUGCGCUUACCUGUACCACAACGAGAGCGAGGUCGGCCUGGGCAUCCAGGACAAGGUCAAGGAGGGCGUGGUGAGGCGGGAGGACCUGUUCGUCGUCAGCAAGCUCUGGUGCACCUGCCAUAAGAAGUUCCUGGUGAAAGCCGCCUGCACCAGGAGUCUGAAGGCCUUGAAGCUGGAGUACUUGGACCUCUACCUCAUGCACUGGCCCAUGGGCUUCAAGUCCGGAGAGAUAGACUUGCCUGUGGACCACAAUGGCAUGAUCAUCCCCAGUGACACGGACUUCCUGGACACAUGGGAGGCCAUGGAGGACCUGGUGACCGCAGGCCUCGUGAGAACCAUCGGGGUGUCCAACUUCAACCACGAGCAGCUCGAGAGACUUCUGAAUAAGCCCAACCUGAAGUUCAAGCCGGUGACCAACCAGAUCGAGUGCCACCCGUACCUGACUCAGAAGAAGCUGAUCAAUUUCUGCCAAUCGAGAAACGUGUCCGUGACUGCGUACCGGCCCCUCGGGGGCUCCAGUGAGGGGGUGCACCUGAUGGAAGACCCUGUGAUCCAGACGAUCGCUCAGAAGCACAAGAAGUCUGUGGCUCAGAUUUUGAUCCGAUUUCAUAUCCAGAGGAAUGUGAUAGUGAUUCCCAAGUCCGUCAACCCAAAGCGGAUUCUUGAGAAUAUCCAGGAAGGUGUGUUUGAUUUUGAGUUAUCGGAACAGGAUAUGACAGACCUCUUCAGCCUGGACCGGAAUCUCCGUUUGUCCACGUUCCCCAUAACUGAAAAUCACAAGGACUAUCCCUUCAAGGCAGAGUACUGAGGACCCUGCUCGGCACGGGCAGCUCUGGCCAGGGGUGGGGGACGCAGUUGGGUUUGGGUGGGUCCCUGCCUGCAGCAGAAGUGCCCGGAGACAUCCAAGGAGCCGUGUGUGGUCAGUGCCUGAAGGAGGAGGCUUCGUGAGACCGAGACCGGUGGUUGCUGUCCUCCAGGAACGCCUUCUCGUCCUAAGCGUCCCUGGAGCACACAGUGUGAAGGGUCCUUAUGAGGCCCACUGUAUGGCCUGUACUCACAACAGGAUACUUGAUGGCUCAUGAGUGA